AUGCGAUCCGUCAAAACAUUACUCCUCUGGGGCCUCGCCUCGAUCUCUACACCCGCCGCCCUUGCGCUCCCCCAAAAGCAGGACUCAGGUCUAGCCUCGCGCGAACAAGAGAAGACACCAAAGUAUUUCAGGGAAGCCGGUGGAAAUCUCGAGCUUGGCCAUUACGACCGCCGCUAUUUCCAAGACAAAGUCCCCUACGAAGAACAUCGUUUCGUCCUCCGCGACCUCAUUCGAAGCUACCUCUCUACAAUGGAUGGCUACGGCGCCGAGACUUGGAUUGCCCAUGGUACUCUCCUGGGCUGGUGGUGGAACGGCCAGAUCAUGCCUUGGGAUUACGACCUCGACGUUCAGGUUGCAAACCACACCUUGCAGUGGAUAGGUGAUACACUCAAUCGCACCGAACACGUCUACAAUUACACAGAUACCGCCACAGGGAACCUGAUCUCCAAGAAGUACCUGCUCGACAUCAACCCCCACCACGUCGAUAUUGACCGUGGCGACGGAAGGAAUAUCAUUGACGGCCGCUGGAUCGAUAUGCAGAACGGCAUGUUCAUCGACAUCACCGGCCUGCGAGAACGUGAGCCUGAGCGCCCGGGUGUCUGGAGUUGUAAGAAUAAGCAUCGUUACAACAGCCAGGACCUAUGGCCCAUGCGAAUCUCCGAAUUUGAGGGUGUCAAGGCCCGUGUGCCUUUCAACUUUAACAAGAUCCUCAUUGACGAGUACGACACCAAGAGUUUGGUGACUGAGAAUUGGUCAGGCCACCGUUGGAACCAUGAUACCAAGGUUUGGGUCCAGGAGACCGACGAGGAGGCCGAGCAGCGCAAGCUCGAAGCUCUCGAGCGUCACAACGCAGAACUUGCGGCUGAGGCGGCAGAGAGCCAGGCCGCAACGUAA